GAAACCAACCUCGCUAGGCUAGCUAACCACAAGAAAGAUCGCGCGCUGCGAGAGGCGCCGGCCAUGAGUUCCUGCGUCGCCCCCCGCGUUCUCAUCGUGUCGCGUCGCACUGUCCGCAAGAACAAGUUCGUCGACUUCGUCGGUGAGUACCACCUGGACCUCAUCGUGGGCUACGGCGCGGUGCCGGUGAUCGUGCCGCGCGUGGCGGGCGUGGACGCGCUGCUGGACUCAUUCGAGCCCAUCCACGGCGUGCUCCUCUGCGAGGGCGAGGACGUCGACCCGUCCCUUUACGAGUCCGCUGACGACGCCGACGGCUCGCUCUCUCCGGAGCAGCUGGAGGCCAUGCGGCGCCUGCACCCGAGCGACGUGGCCAUCGACCGCGAGAAGGACUCCAUCGAGCUCCGCCUCGCGCGCCGCUGCCUCGAGCGUAACAUCCCCUACCUCGGCAUCUGCCGCGGCUCGCAGGUUCUCAACGUCGCCUGCGGCGGGUCGCUGUACCAGGACCUGGAGCACGAACUGGUUCGGCCCGCCGCGCAGGUCCAGCACAUCAACUACGGCGACUACGACGGGCACCGCCACCCGUUGAUGGUGAACAGCUACCACCACCAGGGCGUGCGGCGGCUGGCGCAGCGGUUCGUGCCCAUGGCGAUCGCACCGGACGGGCUCGUCGAGGGGUUCUACGACCCGGACACGUACAACCCCGGCGAGGGCAGGUUCAUCGUGGGCCUCCAGUUCCACCCGGAGCGCAUGCGCAAGCCCGGCUCCGACGAGUUCGACUACCCCGGCUGCGCCAGGGCGUACCAGGAGUUCGUCCGCGCCGUGGUCGCGUACCAGGAGAAGACGGCGGCUCCGCCGCACCUGCCCCUCAGCGCACCCCUCCCCGCGUCACCGAAGCUGAGCAAGGAGAUGAUGAGGCGGCGCAAGGUCAUCCCCCGGAGCUUCUCGCUCGCCAUGGACAUGUACCUAUCCGACAGCCACACCAAGCCGGCGGAGAAGCGCGACCACGAAGCCGGCGCCGAGUUCCUCGAGUCGAACACGGCGUCGGUGAGCGCGUGGCAGGAGAAGCGGCUGAAGCAGAUGGGCGCCACGGCGCGGAACGCGUCGGGGUACCUCAACGGCGUCAAGGUGAACGGCGUACGCGAGGCGGCGGCGCGGGCACUCAUGGCGGAGAUGAGCGUGAACCAGCUAUCCGACCUCGCCACCUUCUACCAGACCAUGGGCAAGAUCUGCUCUGAGGUGCUUGACACCAAGCUGCAGGGUUAGCACCCGAAAAUGAAUCUGCAGAAUGAAGACUGAGCGUGAAGUAUAGCAAAUACAUGAUGUUAUUGGACGAUAAAUCAAUGUUGUU